AUGGCAAAGGUCAAGCUCGUCCUUUUUGAAGAUAAGAAAGCAUGUCUUGCAAGAACGACGAACGGCCGAACCUGUCUAAAGUCAGUCAGACCGUCCGACCGGAUUUCUGCAACGAGGUUAAUCCACAAGUUCACCGGCGAUGAAGGCUCCUAUGAUGAAACUGGCCUCGACCUCAAGAUCCUUAGUCUACUCAUCUGUGGCACGCAUCAAGACAAGAUCAGCGAUGACUUUCCAUCACAUGUGCUUCUCGUCGAAUAUCGAACAAAGUUCAAACAAUGGGCGGGCGAGCACGAACCAUUGCCAGCGAUCCAUCUCCGGCGAAGUGACGCUGGCUCACGGACUUGCACUGGCAACAAGCUGCGACAGCCAAUUGCAAAAGGCGAGAGUGAGAUUGGUAUCGUAUACCUCUUCACAUGUGAGGAUUUGCCAGAAAUGGUGAAUAUCGGAUUCGAGGGAGACCUGUCGGCCAUGGGUAGAAGAGUCAAAAAAUGGGGAAUGUGCCACGCCAAACCAAAGGCAGCAUUCUACCGGGAGACAUGCUUCCGGCAUAGAGUAGAAGAGCUUGUGCAUCGUCAGCUAAGCUGUCAGCGCUACGACGUCUCUUGCCCGGUAACAAAGUGCAAAUCCGAGUACCACAACGAAUGGUUCAAGUGCAGCGUCGAAGAAGCCAGCAUCAUCAUCGAUCAAUGGGUCACAUUGAUGAACGAAUGUACUCUGUAUGAUCACAGCUCGCGAAAACUCGAUCCUGCAUGGCAGAAUGAGGUGCGACUUGUGGCAAAUGCACAGGAAGAAGUCACCGCCCAGAGGCUUUUGACGACUGUGCAAAUUGACGGGCUUGCAAAUGCCUUCACGGCAACCUCCCUCGAGGACAACUGA